AUGGCGCAACACUCACACACAACUUUAUCAACAGUACCCGACAACAUCACGACGUGGGAAUGGGCGUUCGAGAGUAAAUCCUACUCGCCCCUUUACAACGCCCAGUCGGGGCCUUCGCGCGGCUACAUCAACGCCGACACCAAGGAGCGGCUGGACUGGGCUCAGGUCAAGACCAAAGCCACGCUCUUGAGCACGGCGCUGGUCAGGGAAUACGGGUUCAAGCCGGGCGACACGGUGUCGUUGUUCAGCACCAAUACGAUAUGGUACCCUGUUGCCAUGUGGGCCGUUGUCAGAGGUGGCGGUCGAGUCAACGGUGCCAGCCCAGCUUACAACCUCGAGGAAAUGAGUUACGCGCUCAGAGUGGCCAAGACGAAGAUCCUCAUGACACUACCCAAGAGCUUGGACGUCGCGUUGGCCGCCGCGAGGGACGUCGGUAUCCCUGCGUCGCAUGUGUUUCUGCUGGAAGGCCAUGCCGAGGGGUUCAAGAGCAUACAAGAUCUCAUGGACGCGGCCGCACGGGCUCGCUACGAAGAACAGAAACCCUGGAGCAUACCCUCUGGAAUGACCAACGCCGAUGUUUGCGGAUAUCUGAAUUUUAGCAGCGGGACGACGGGGCUUCCUAAAGCUGUCAUGUUGAGCCAUCAAAACAUCAUCGCACAGUGCCAUCAACUUAGGCAGCUACAGGCGCCGGGACAGUACAAGAUUCUAGCGGUGAUGCCGUUAUUCCACAUCACCGGAGUGGUCCGAUUCUGCCAUUACCCCGUCUUCAUGAACGGGGAUAGCGUCAUGUUACCGGCGUUCACGAUGGAAGCCAUGCUCAACGCAAUCUGCGAGUUUCAGAUGAAGGAAUUGAUCUUGGUGCCGCCCAUCAUCAUCCGGCUGGUGCGGGACAAGAUCGUCGACAAUUAUGACCUUCGGCACGUGGAGAGGUGGUCUUCCGGCUCGGCGCCCAUCUCGCCGGAGAUUAUAUCGUUGUUACAGAAGAAGUUCCCCUGGACGGGAUUCAGGCAGGGGUACGGAGCGACCGAGUCGACGGCGUGCAUAACUGCGCACCCGCCCUCGCACUAUGACUACAAGUACGCGACGACGGGGGGGAUGUUGGUCGCCAACACCGUCGCGAAAGUUCUCGACUUGACGACCGGCGAGGAGCUGGGCCCCAACCAGACGGGCGAGAUAUGCGCAAAGGGCCCACAGAUCGCGAUGGGGUAUCUCGACAAUGCCGCCGCGACCGCCGAGACCUUUGACGCCGACGGAUUCUUCCACACGGGCGACGUAGGCCACUUUGACGACGAGGGCCUGGUGCAUAUCGAGGAUCGCAUAAAGGAGAUGAUCAAGGUCAAGGGCCUGCAGGUGCCGCCGGCCGAGUUGGAAGAUUUGUUGCUCGGUCACGAGGUGGUCGAGGACUGUGCGGUGCUGGGGAUCGCAGAUGAGUACGCCGGCGAAAGGCCAAAGGCGUACGUUGUGCUGAAACAGGGUGUGGACCCAACCGAAGCCGUCGGGAGGAUGUUGUUGAAGUUCGUCAAGGAGAAGAAGGUGCGCUACAAGUGGAUCGUCGAGGUCGAGUUCACCGACCAAGUGCCCAAGAGCCCGACGGGGAAGUUGCUGAGGCGGAUACUAAAGGUCAAAGAUAAAGAGCCGGGAAGGAAACGAGGUGUGAGGGUCAGAGAUGAUACUGAAAGGGCCAGGCUAUAG